UAAUUAAUGACAACAUCCGCGACUGAGAUAGCCGAUAUUUGAUAGUAAUGUCGGUAUAAUAACAAUAAUUAAUAACAAUAUUAUUGUCCAGGUAUCUCUGUGAAUUUGUGUUGUUCUCAUAAAGUGGUCGAUUUUUUUUAUAGCCGCCGCGUCGGAUGUCCUAUAGUCCUAUGCCAGUUUUCUCGUGAUUCGUCGUUUUGACUGUCUGAAAAUUUUUUUAACCCAUUACGAUAAUUGCACGAUUUUUGUGUCCUAAUUUUCGUCCCCGUCAAAAUCAACGGUACUCACUCCGAACAAUGGCUUCCGGCUCUGGGCCUCUGAAGCGAAAGGCUAGCGAAGGUCCGGGUACGUAUACCGACGACGUGUGGAAACUCACGAAAGGAACGGUUGACAAAAAGUUGGAGCGGUCCGAGCCUUACAGAAUGUUUAUGUCUCCGAUAUCCUGCGAUUCGGGAACACACACUGAAAAAUCAACUCUAUCGUUUCCAGAGCUCUUGGACAAAAGUCUCGGUGAUUUAACCGAAUCACUUCACCUAAACUUUAUGGUCGAGUUCGGCUGGCUCCUUGCUCAAUAUUUCAUAACUGGUCAAAGAGGAAAAAGAAUUACACUUUUAUACGAACGCUGUGAUGUAGAUUUAAAUGAGCCACAUUUAAAUAAGAAAAUACCAAAUGUUAAGCAUAAAAAAAUAACUAAUCCAAAUGCUUUUGGUCAUCAGCAUAGUAAAGUAUCAAUGUUUGCUUAUGCCGAUGGUAGUUUACGAGUUGUUGUUAUGUCAGCAAAUUUGACUGAAGAUGAUUGGACCAAAUAUGCUCAAGGGAUUUGGGUGAGCCCAAAAUUUCCAUUGAAAGAGAAGGAUAAUAAGUCAGAUGGUAAUUCUAAAACUGAUUUUAAAAUAGAUAUUUUACGAUAUUUAAAAUCUUUUAAAGAAGAAUCAUUAAGUCAAUGGAUACAAAAAAUUGAAAAAGUAGAUUUCAGUCAAGCAAAUGUGUUUUUCAUUCCUAGUAUUCCAGGCAAGCACAAAGAACAGUUGUGGGGUCAUUUAUAUUUAAAAAGUAUUUUGAAAAAACAUGCUCGUUUACCAUUUGGUGUACCUUCAGAAUGGCCUAUUAUAGCUCAAUGUUCGUCUCUGGGGUCUUUGGGUACUACAGACAAGGAAUGGUUGAAACCAGAGUUUAUCAAAAGUCUAUCCGCUUCUACCUAUUGUGGUGAUACUGAUACAGAAAAUAAUUCCAUUCCCUUCAACUUGAUUUACCCAUCUGAGAAAAAUGUUUUGAAUAGUUGGAAUGGACCUAUAGAUGGUCUCUGUUUGGCUUACAAUAAGAAAGUUCAUGAAAAUCAAUUGUGGCUUAGAAACUACUUGUGCUUGUGGAAAUGUCAUUCACGGAAGCGAUCAAAGGCCAUGCCUCAUAUAAAAACCUAUUGCAGGGUUUCAUCAUGUUGUACACAAAUGUCUUGGUUUUUGUUGACUAGCGCUAAUUUAUCAAAAGCUGCUUGGGGCAGAAAACUUAAGUCAGAUGAACAGUGUAACUACAUAAUGUCACAGGAAGCUGGCGUUUUGUUCUUGCCUCAAUUUUUGAUUGGAACAGAUGUAUUUUCUAUAGAUGAAACUGAAGCAAGUAAAUCACCGUAUUUUUCUUUACCUUUUGACAUGCCAUUAUCUGAAUACUCGAACAUUGACCUACCUUGGCAUAUCUAAAUGGGGUCAUUUGUUUUUUUUUUUAAAUAUAUUACACCCAUGGCUGAGGACUGUCGGAUUUCACUCAAACGUGCGCAUUUUUGAAGACAGUUUUGUUUUGAACAUCGACAUGAGGUUGGAAAAACCCUUGUAUACUUUUCACGUUACUUCAAAAUUUGUCUCACCCCUAGACAUUUUACCUUAAAUCUUCAAGAAUAUUUGAAUUAAUAAUACCUUCCACAUACAAUGGAGAGCAAUGCUUAUAAUUACCAUCACUAAACCUAACAAAAUACUAAAUUCAACAGCUACAUUAAAAAAGACGCUCGACAGUAAACUAAAAACGCUAUACUCUGCAUCAUUUAGAAGCCCAGACAAAAUCAAUCCAAUUGAUUAAAAAAAAUUAAUUCUAUAACUAUUUAAUUAUAGGAUAUUUAUACAAAAACAGAAAUUGCUAAUGCAGUUAUGUGUACUGUUAUAAAAAGGAUAAGAAUACUGAAAAUGCAAGACCUUUGGUGGACAAGUAUGUGAAAAGAUAAAGAAUAAUAAGAAAACAGAUAUGUAAACACAAAAUAAAUUGUGAAUUUGAGGAGCACUAAAGAAAGUAUGCCAGACCAGCACAGGAAAUCCUUUUUUUGCAAUUAUAUUGAAUUUAUAUGAUACCAGUAACUAUUUAAUUUGUAUUAAUAUGUCUAGAAGUAAAUCGGCAGUAAUAGAUUAGUACAAUCUAUGCUAUGGUCGCUGUUCAAUUUUGAAAAUGAGACACUGAUGGAAAUAAAUUGACUGAAUUAUGGAAAUAAAAUGCAAGGUUGUUUAUACAUUUUGAUUUAUGUUGUGACCAUAAAUAUGAUAAAUACAAACUCGAAUGUUAAUUUUUAAUGGUGAAAAACAAUCAACAAACCCAUCAAUUACGAAAAAAUUGUGAAAAUAUGUUAGAUGAUUUGCAGAGACAAGUGGAGAGCAUAUACUCUGCCAGACCAUUAGUUUAUCCAACAGCCUAAAUCAUAGUAAUACUACACCAAAAAAAAAAUAAAAUGUUUAA